AUGCUUGCUACUGAUUUCCAUUUACGCACAAUUACCAGGGCAGUCCAUGUCUCUGGAUCAACAAGACAUUUGAUAAGAGCGGCCGCUGGUAAUGCGGCCUUAAGAAGUAUUUCUCGUGGUAUAACCACCACUACCGAAAAGAAGACGGAAGCUCCCCAUAUCGAAUUGGAACGUUUACCACCAGCACAUAAUACUUCUCUGGUUAGACUGACAACAGAAAGCGAGAGGGAAGAUGGUAAAUUUCUCACCAAGCCUGUUUUCCAGCAUCCGGGCUAUGAUUUGGAGGACAUGAAGGCUAUCAAGUUUGAACACCGCCCAGUUCAGUCUCCAAGGGAUGCAAUCACGUAUAAUUUUAUGAAGUAUUUAAGGAAAUCUUUUGAUUUCUGUACCGGCUAUAUUGAGCCAAGAGACGAAAAGCAUCAAAUUGAAAUUGGCAAAGGUCCUAACAGAAUGACUAGAGAGAAGUGGUUGGCAAGAGUCAUUGUUCUCGAGUCGAUUGCCGGCAUUCCUGGUGCUGUUGCUGGAUUUUUAAGGCACAUGCAUGCCAUGAGGUUGUUUAGAAGAGAUAUGGCGUUUAUUGAUACCUUGUAUGAUGAGGCAUUCAAUGAACGGAUGCAUUUGUUAACUUUUUUAAAGAUGGCCAGACCUACAAUUUUCACCAGAUUUCUUUUAUGGAUUGGACAAGUUGCUUUUGGUAAUUGUUUUUUCACGGCCUAUGUUUUCUCCCCUAAAACUUGCCAUCGGUUUGUUGGCUAUUUGGAGGAGGAGGCUGUCAACACAUAUUCCAGACUCGUUAGGGAUAUGGAGUUGGGUCUAUGUGAUGAUUUCAAAAACAGUCCCGUUCCUCAAAUUGCCAAGGAUUAUUGGAAGUUGCCAGAAAAUGCAACAAUGUACGAUGUCAUUCUCUACAUUCGUGCUGACGAGGCCAAGCACAGAGAAGUUAACCACACGUUUGCCAACUUGAAGCAGAAGGGAGAGGAGAGAAACCCAUUUGCCUUGCAGAUUGAAGGUGUCGAUAAGCCACAACCUUCAAAGACUCUAAAGAACCACCACGCAAAAGGUUGGGAAAGAGAAGAACUUAUCCUUUAA